AAAAAUGUAAACUUUCUGUCCAGCUGACAACAGAUGGUUUAAGAGAUGACAGUUUAAUUGUGUUAAGACGGGAUUUAAGCUGCUGAAAUUUCAUUAUCUAAUGUUUUAUGCAUAAAUAUUGUCGUUGGCUAUGAAAAAUGCCAGUUAAAAGUUCGAGAAGUUGAGCACGUUUAAAUUAAUGUAUACAAGAGAUAGUGAAGAAUUUAUGGCUGAAUUAUAUCUAAUAAAGAGCUAUUGUGUGAGAGCCUGUCAUAAUCGUUUGUGAAACUGAAAAAUCUACAUGUUGUGAUAGACUUAAACUGUCCGUACAUCAUUUAAAUUUAAAUUCCCUGCUGCUAGGAGAUUCGCUACUGAAAGUAAAAGCUUUGGAGGUUAGUGUUAGACGAAGGAUUAUUUGUGUAAAUAAACCGUGUGGUGGACAUUAUUUCAUAAACGUCAUAGUUCAAGGAUCCGGAGAUUGCAUUGGUUGAUAAAUUCCGGGGUACGUUGGGGUAGCCAAAGAUCAGUUAUCUUGGAAGCGCUCACCAGAUCGUGCGGUGUAUCUAAGACUGUAGAGAGCUGCAAUAAGCAAACAUUGCUGCCAGUGAGGAAAAUAGCCAAUACGGAUAUCUUGUCAGCCUGCUCUCCCAGCGAGUGACAACAACGUCGCUUACUUCAAACAAAAUCCUCCAUUUGCCAGUGUUGCGUUAAGUCUGUCAAGUGUUAGGGUCUAUUUUGUAUAAUUGUAAAGUGAACAGUGUUAUUUUUUUUACUUUCUCUGUUUUGCGUUUCUCAUUCUUUCUGCUGCUGUUGGCGUCCUGAUGCUUUCAUUGUGUCUACAGUAGAAAUCUGUCAAUUAUUUGAUCAGCAUCGGUGAAAUUCAUGAAAUUUAUCCAAGGAUACUGUAACUGAACCGUGUAUGCUGUCAGUUUCUAGGAGGAAUUAUUUUGUAUAGCUUUGAAGCCGUCUUGGAUAAUCAUAUUUUGUGACAGAUAACUGGGAAUUGGACAUUUUCAGGAGAAUCUCGUAUAGAAUAAAAGCUUAAUUUCAUGUGUCUUGUGAUUGAGGAGUUUUAUAUAGAGCUCUAAAGGAUACCAAUAACUAUCUGUUCGGAAUUGAUCUUCAGUGCUGGAAAAUCCAGUGACUUCAUAUUGAAGUGAAUGGUUUUGACAAACGCUGGGAUAUAUUUGAAGCUAAAAGUGGGAAUAAACAAUUAACAGUGUUGCAUUCACUAAACAGAAAGGAAGGAACCUGUGUGUACUUCUGAUUGUGUGUGUUAUAUAGCUGCAAGGAAACUGUACUGAUAUUAAAGUGAUUAACCGGUAAAAGACAAUAUUUACUCUACAGAUGGAUACUGACAGCCUUAAUUCUAGAAUGAUGGAUGACUCCGGCCAAGGAAAUUUACAAAGCAUGCAUUCCCCAGUAUCUAACAUGGAAAAUGGCCGACGCGAGCCCGAUCCAGACGCUAUAAAGAUGUUUGUCGGCCAAGUCCCUCGAUCCAUGGACGAAAAUGAUCUCACAAAAAUGUUUGAACAGUAUGGCACUGUGUUCCAGUUAAAUGUUCUACGUGAUAAAGUUUCUGGUCAAAGCAAAGGGUGCUGUUUUGUGACGUUUUACACAAGAAAAGCUGCAUUAGAUGCUCAGAAUGCCUUGCAUAAUAUCAAAACUAUGCCCGGGAUGCACCAUCCUGUACAGAUGAAACCCGCUGACAGUGAAAAACGAAAUGAGGAGCGGAAGUUGUUUAUAGGAAUGUUGUCAAAAAAGUAUGGUGAGACCGAAGUCAAAAUGAUGUUCGCGCCGUUUGGAAACAUAGAGGAUUGCACAGUGUUACGAGACCAAAAUGGCCAAAGUAGAGGUUGUGCUUUCAUCACGUUCUCAAGUCGACAAUCAGCUCAAAACUGCAUCAAGAAUAUGCACCACUCUCAGACUAUGGAGGGCUGCAGUUCACCGCUAGUGGUUAAAUUCGCUGACACUCAGAAAGAGAAGGAGCAGAAAAAGGUACAACAGAUGAACGCCAACCUCCUUGCCUCGUUAUCCGGCGGCCAGGGAGGACAGAGUGUCAGCAUAGGACCCCAGUAUCUAGCUCUUCUACAGCAGGCGAUGGCAACCGGGAAUAUGGGUGUGUUUGCAAACAUGAGUAACUUAGGGUUAAAUGCUAUGAACAUUCAGCAAAUAUUGGCGAUUCUUGCCGCAGCAAGCAAUAACCCAGGCCUUCUGGCUGCACUCGCAGCUCUCGCUAGCGGCAACUCGUCCGGCGGCAAUAAUUCCCCAACCACGCCUACAUCGACAAAUUCAUCGUCAAAUAACGCGUCAGGUGAUGCAACAAGCGGAAUGCACCUGCAGAACCUCCAGGGUCUGGCGGCCUUGGCCAACACUGCAACCAGUCCAGGCAUCUUCUCUCAAAGGAAUAAUAACACCAACCGCAAUAUGGCCAUGCCAAACAUGGGUUCCAAUAAUGAUAAUAUGGGAAAUGGUGGGCCAAAUAUGGGAAAUAAUUCACCAGGAAAUUUUGGCAAUAACGGGCAACAAAACAGUGGUGGACUUGACUUGGCGUCUAUUAUGAAAAACAUGGGUGAUUUCAGUAAGGUGUUCGGAAAUUUGACCAAUUUGGCGGGAAAUAGGGGGAAUAAUAUGGGAAUGGGCAUGGGAAAUAACAUGAACAUGGGAAAUGGUAUGAACGGGGCUGGUGGUAUGAAUAAAAUGAAUGGCAACGUGGCCAUGGAUGUUGAUGGGCAGAAUAGGAUGACUGGCGGGGCUUCCAACCAUCUCAACCAAUCAGUAUCAUUAUCUGGGCCAUUAUCGUCCAACAAUUCAUUAAGCCUGGCCGGCCUACAAAGCCUCGGCAAUAAUAAUUUGGCCGCCACAUCCCCUGGCUUAACAAACGGAAACUCUGGUCUUGACGCUCUCAGUCAAGCGUAUACCGGAAUCCAACAAUACGCAGGUUUGUCAGGCUUACUCAGCCCCGCGACAGCAUCAUUCCCGAGCGCGUUCAGCUCCCAGGCCGCCCAGCAGCUACAGGCCGCAAACUCUGCCGCGGGGAAACAGACGGAAGGUACGACCUAUGGUCCCCUUUUCUCACGCUACCAGUCUGAGGGUCCGGAGGGUGCUAACCUAUUCAUCUACCACCUCCCCCAGGAGUUCAGUGACCAUGACCUUAUGCAGACAUUCAUGCCCUUUGGAAAUGUGAUAUCGGCCAAGGUCUUCAUUGACAAACAAACAAACCUUAGUAAAUGUUUUGGUUUUGUGAGUUAUGAUAACGCGGUGUCAUCGCAAGCAGCGAUACAGGCGAUGAAUGGAUUUCAGAUCGGAAUGAAACGCUUAAAAGUGCAGCUCAAACGACCAAAAAAUGACAGCAAGCCAUACUAAAGGGACACAUUUGUGAGAAAUAGACGUUGAAUUUCCCCCGCCGUGCUGUGGGCAGUGUGAUUGUUUCAUCGUUGCCGCCCAUCCUCCAUGUUUCCGUGCAUACGUUCUACGUGUUGCCUAGCGAUAUCACCACGGUCACAUGUGUCAGCUGAAACGCUUCUUUAUACAUGUUUUUUGUCUGCACAAGUACAUUUAAACAGAAAAAUCUUAUGUAACAUCUAACUGCGACACUGGGAAAAUAUUAUGUCGUUGACAUGUCAUCAUUUACGGACAAAGAAAAUGAAUAUUUGUUUGUGAAUGUAUGGAUUAUUGAUUAAAUGGCAAAGCAGCUCAUUUUAUGGAUGUGUAACUGUGUAUUAUGUGUUAACUUUGCUUUUUGGUUGACUAGUGUUGUGUUAUUUCAUUCUUUCAUGUAAACUUUGUAUUAUUAAGGUGGAAGGUCGGACUCCUGGUAUAUGUUAGACUUUUAUUCUAGAGUUUGGUUAUGUUUUUUUUCUCUCCAAGUUUUCUUGUUUCAGUGUGUUAGUUUUAAGUAUGUAGUUUUAUGAAAAUAUGCUGCACAGUUUGUGUAAAGAAAUGUGCUAUUCGCAUUGUUUUAUUGUUUUGUUUUCUUAAAUUUGAGUUACUUUUCCUAUAGUUUAAAAGUGCAUAAAUAUUGCCAUGGCAACUAUAUAUAAAGUAUCAUUUUUGUACAGAUGUUGGAGAUUUUAUUACGGUGUAAAUUCUAUUGAUGUUACAAUUGCGUUUUAGUUUUUAAUUAUUUUAAUGAAACCAUUUUAAAAUAUACAUGCACACACAUGCAGUAGAUAUUCAUGUUAAACUACCAAAAUAUCAUUUUGUUCAUAAUUUUACACCCAGUACCUCAAUCAAGCAACUCUACACAAAUUCAUUACCAAAGAAUUUCCCACAUACGUAAACUGCAAUAAUUUGUUGUUUCAUAUUAUCCGAAUAAAUAUAUAAGUUGUCUGAAUUCUGCAAAAGAAUUAAGUGAGUUUUGUUCCUCAUUUCUGGUUACAGCUGUUAAUAAACAAAAUGCAAUAUUUGAACAUUCUUCUCAUAUCAUAAGCUUUCAUUGUCUAAAUUAUUUGGAUCAUUUCCAAUAGUCUGUGGUUACAGUACCGUCUGUGGCAGCUUGAGGUUUCUGUACACUUUGUGGCAGUCUGUGGUUACAGUACACUCUGUGGCUGUUUGUGGUUACAGUACACUUUGUGGCAGUCUGUGGUUACAGUACAGUAUGUGGUCACAGUGCACUCUGUGGCAGUCUGUGGUCACAGUACACUCUGUGGCAGUCUGUGGUUACAUUACACUCUGUGGCAGUUUGUGGUUACAAUACACUCUGUGGCAGUUAGUGGUCGCAGAACAGUGUGGGAUUUGGGCCAACACUUUAACAUCACUUAUUUUCAGAGCAAAACCUUAUUUGAUAAAAAAAAUCAAAACAGAUUGACUCAUGGCAAAUAAAACUGAUUUUUGUUCUGUUUUGUAAGGGGUUUUAAGUGGAGAUUAUAGACAAUGUAAUUUAGUUGAGGUGCAUAUAGUCAUGUAUUUUUAUAUUAUUAUAUUAUUGAAAUGUGCACUGUACAAUCAUGAUUAUAAUAUUAUCAAAAUAACACCGGAAUAUUCUGGUGAAGGAAUUGUCUGGUUUGAAUGAUAUUUUUGACCGCCUGAGUGUCAUGUAUAUACAAAACAAAAUCAAAAUUUGAGUUUACUUGUUUGCAAGCUAGGUUUUGUAUCAUUUUCUAUGAAAAUGGUAUGACAAAAUGUUUCUUGCAAAAGAUGAAUGUAAUUGAUUGUUGGACAGAAUCAAAAUACAGAUGGUAUUAUAUUGUUGAAAUAGAUUGUAUCAUGUCUUAUUAUGUACUAAUGUAAUGUAAUAUUAUGUUUGGUGAUUGUAAUGUGUUGUUAAAGACAUUAACUCCAAGAGAAUGUUAGCUCUAGUUUGUGUUUAAAAUUACAUUGGUUAGCGUUUAAACAUGUGUUUGGUAAUUGUAAACGCAAGCUAAAGUGUUGUGUAUCAUUCCUGUAUUGAUUUUAAACAAAAGUGAAAUAUAACGAUGGUGAAAGAAUAAAACUGGGGUGAGUGCUUAGGCUGGUUGCUUUCGAGGGCUAAACAUAAAACUUCUAUGUAGCGACAAGUCAGCAGAGAGCAAAACCUUUUGUUAGUAAGCAGAGAGCACCAACUCUCACAUAAUGCUGACAUUAUACCCUCAUAUAGCGAUAUGCCUACGCAACUGACUCUGUUUCUUUUUUGGAGAAUAAAUCUUCUGUACAAAUGCAGUACGUUCUUAUGAAAACACGAUUUAAAUUUUUCUUAGUUUUGUAAAUAUAAUCCUACAGGUUUGAUAUGUCACAAAGAAAUACAUGCUUUAUGAUAAAAUUAACGUAAUAAUAGAUACAAAGUUUGAUCCACUGUUAUUUCGGGUAACAUUUCCUUUUUUGAACUUAAUUUUUAUACUUCAUUAAAAUCGAAAAUCAAAAUUUGUUUUCCGCAUUUUGAGUUUAAGUUUUGGAUCAAACUUCUACCAUAAUUGAAAUUUAAAAAUUUGAUUGUGUUUAUUGUUCUAUAAAUAUACUUUUAUCAUAAGGCUGUAUUUCUUUGUAUGUCCUUUGUUUCAGAAAAUUGUAUUGUUUGUAAAUAUAUUGUUUUAUAAAGAUAUAUAAUUACAAUUAUAUUAGAAAAUAUCUAAAUAGGAUUUAUUAACUGAACUUAAUAUUUAAAAGGACAUAAAUGGUGAUCAUUUAAAAAAAAUAACUUCAGAGAUCUAUUACAUAGUUAUUGCACAUUACAAAUAAAUAAAAUGAAAAUGACAUUGUCUACAAAAAAAUGGGAAUUUCAUUUUCCUCUCCUAAAAUUUUGAACUUUUAAAACUCAAAAGAAUAUUAACCAAGAUUUGUAUCACAGAAAGAAAAAAAUCAGUACCCUAUUAACACGUACGUUCAUUUUCUACAGAAAGUAGUCUGAGAUUUGCUAAAAUAUUAAGCAGAAUCUGCAACAUGACUGUAUAUUUGUAUUUCAUAAGUAUGAAGUAUUUAUUAUUAUAAAUAUCGUCAUAGUGACUGAAGUCUCAAGGUUGUGUUAGAUUUGUAGGUGUAUAUAAUCAUAUAAAGUAGAAUAUUACAUACACUUAAUAUUCCUUACAUCAUAAUUAACUAAUGGAAACAUCACUGUAGAUAUUUUAAGCAUAAUAAACACUAAUCAGAUUGGUGACAUAGCUAUAAGCUUUGUUCUAUAAAUCAGAAAAAUAUUUGUAAUUUGCUAAUGUAAGAAGUUAUUAGACAGUGUAUAAGGCCACUGAUUUAAUAGUUUUUUUGCGUCCUCCGCGGAACUAAAAAAACACUGUCAGCCUGAAUAUAUUUUUAAGCUUCUUCAGCAGUGGUCCUAAUUUUGUUUUCAUUUUUAUUACAGAACUUAAGGAUAGUGAAGUAAAAAAACAAACAUACCCACCCGCAACUAAAAAUGUGGGUGGGGAAACACUAAAAUAUUAUUUUUAGUUACUUUGGCCUAACUUAAUUAAUUAGUGUACUAGAAAAACACAAAUAAAUCCUAACUUUAAUUAAUAUGGAUCUGAGGUUUCCCAUACGUUGCCAUAAGUAAUAUCUUGCCUUAAGUGUUAUUUGUUAGAUUAUGUAUUUUUUUUUAUUAUGAUGAUGAUGACCCCUAUCACAAUAUUAUGAAAAUGAGCUUGUCCCUUAUUCUUUAUUUUAUUAUCAGAUAAUUCAUUUAAAAUUGCCAUUUUUCAUGCAAACUUUUUUCUAUAAGUAACAUGUGUUCAGAAAAUAUAAUCACAGAGAUUCAUAUAGACUUUUUACGCCACGUUAUAUGACCUAGAAAUUUUAGGGUCAUACUAGUAUUUUAUUUUAGGGUAAUUUGUAUCUAAUGGUUAAUAUUAUGUACAUACUCAGUGUAAUUAUAUAUAUUCUAUGAAAGGGUUUAAAGGUUUUUUAUUGACACACAAACUUAUCACAUUAGCUAAGCCAUGACAGAAAAUUGUGGGUAAAGUUUGUAAUUACUUUAAAUCACAUUAAUUGAUGUGAUGUUAUCAAAGUUAUUAGAUAGGUAUAUGUAACAUUUGUAAUCUAUUAUGCUUGACAAGUAUAUUGUUUUUGAAUAAAUUUCAUUUUAGCAAUAAGCGAUCUGAAUAACGUACAUAUCAUAUUGACUUCUUGUUUGUAAACGAUAAGUUGUUACCAUGGUAACAGGGAAAUCUGAACUCGUAUUCAAGUCCUUACAAUAAAAAUGUUUUAAUCUGCAAUUGAAGACAUGACAGUUCACAACCUGUUGCCAUGGUAACUAUUUUGUCUCCCCAAUUGAAAUACGCACUUUUUUUUGUCUCCUACACACUUAUUCUCAGGAAUUUUUGUCCUUUUUAAUGUCACAAUAAAUUUCAAGUUUCAACGUUUUUUGGAAGUAUGUGUAGAAACAUGACUUAUAUUAAGACUGUUUUGUAAUUUUGGUGUAAGUCUGAUCUUGGAUCUGUUAAAAGUACAAUUGUAACCAGUAAUUGUUUCAAAAUGAUUACAUUGAUCAGUGUUAUUGCGGUGUGACUAUUUAUUUCAGUGUAAAACCACCAAGUAAUUAAUUGUCUCUGUAUCUAGGUGUACAAUAUUUUGUAAAAAUAUUUAUGGAAUGUCAUUCACUAGUAGUCUCAGUGUAAAACAUUACGUUUAGUGUUCGUCAGUAAGUCUUAAGUGUCAAUCAGAUCUUUCGUUUUACUGUGAUCAAAAUAUUGUUAAGUUAAAAUGUUCCCACGCUGUUUGUACACAUGUCGAUCGAGAUUUUGUUCUGUUCCCUACUCAUUACAGAUUUAUUUUCCCCUUUAUUUUAGGUUGAUGUGAUAAGUGUGUUAUAUCUGUUUGUUAUUUUCUGAAGUUUAAUAACAUUGUUGUGAAAUUAACCGGAUGGUGUUUGGAUCACGUUAAGUAUUUUAUUAUGAAAAUAAACACGGAUAAUGUGCCUCAGAUGCAGUAUUGUGAUUAUUCGUAUCAUGUGACUCUUGUUGUGUAUCACGUGACAAAAGUUGUGUACCAUGUGACAAAAUUUGUGUAUCACAUGAAAAGAUUUGUGUACCAUGUGACCCUGGCCAUUGAAAUAAUGUUUUUAAAGGAAAUUGAGAGCCUUCAAUAAAAGGUCUACAUUUCAAAAUAAACAUCAUCGUUUCCAUUUAAGAAAAAUGUAUCAGAAUGAAAAAUAGAUAACAUUGUUACUCAGAUUGGUCCAUAUCAUAGUUUAUAUUCAUCUAUUAAACUGUUGAAAAUAAUAUUAAAAAGAACGAGAACAUUUAAAUUGUGUUCUAGUCGAAGGCAAUAGAUUACAUGUACAGAAAUCAAAACCAUUGACAACAUUAGAUUGCAUUUGUUUGUUAAAUAUUCAUUGUUUUAAUACAACUCAUACCUUAAGCAAUAUCAAAAUACAAUAUAAGUGAUUUCUUUGUUAGAUGGAGUAAAAAACAUGUGUUGGUUACUAUUUUGCUGUUAUGAUAACCGAGACGAUUUUGUUUGCCAGUAUUUCGGUUGAGACAGUUUGUAUUUUGUUACAUGUCGUCGGUAAAUAUUGUACAGGUACAUAUGACAAUAAAAAGCAUUCAAUCAA